AUGCCUACUGUUUUCCGAAUUACCAUCGUGGUAAAGGAACUCGAGCCAGCCCUUGGCUCUGUAGGAAAUACCAAAAGCAUCUGCAUCGAUGCUAUAACAACAGCCCUAACCAACGCAGAAGAAGUUCUAAUCGACGCCAUGCACAUCCCCGCCCCAGACCGCUGGCCACCACAUUUCAUGUCGAUACUUGCGGUGACUACCGAGAUCGCCGAAAACCUUUUCCAGCCUUGUCUGGAGAAUGCUUGGGGUGAGCUCCAGGGCAUGCAUCCUGACGUGCAUAUCCCUGACUAUUCAGUCAUUCGGGUUGAGGGUCAGAAUUAG